GAUGAAGUGAGGGUGUUUGGUGCAACAAUAUUUCCUAGAUACUGCACGCUGCAUUAAAGCGAUUCACAUUUCCUUCAGCCUGCGGACGUCUUUUGAUAUAAAGCAAUCGCGUCCAGAAUGGCUGCGGUAUUCGAUAUCGAAUUGCACGACGUGGAUACGGUGAAUAGGGACGAGUCUGACGAUGAUGUUAUCGAGAUUGGCGAGGAGGACUAUGAUGCUAAUCCAAAUGUGAAUGAAAUAAUUGAGUCGGAUGGUGUAGAGACGGUUGCUAUAUCCGAACAAAAUGUUAAUCGUGGAAGAGAAAGAGCUGGACCACAAGAUUUCGAACUUUGCAAAGUUAUUGGAAAAGGUGGAUAUGGAAAGGUCUUUCAAGUACGUAAAAUAACAGGAAAUGACAGUGGUACAAUUUUUGCUAUGAAGGUGUUACAUAAGGCAUCUAUUAUAAGAAAUCAGAAAGAUACUGCUCAUACAAAAGCUGAGCGAAAUAUUUUAGAAGCAGUGAAGCAUCCAUUUAUUGUAGACCUUAUGUAUGCUUUUCAAACGGGUGGUAAAUUAUAUUUGAUCUUAGAAUAUAUGUGUGGUGGUGAACUUUUCCGACAUUUAAAUGAUGAAGGAAUAUUUUUAGAAGAUACUGCAUGUUUUUAUUUAUCAGAAAUAAUAUUGGCUUUGCAACAUCUUCAUUUACAAGGAAUUAUUUAUAGAGAUUUGAAACCAGAAAACAUUUUGUUAGAUGCAGAAGGUCAUAUUAAAUUAACUGAUUUUGGUUUAUGUAAAGAACAUAUACAAGAUGGAACAGUUACACAUACGUUUUGUGGUACUAUAGAGUACAUGGCUCCUGAAAUUUUAAUGAGAAGUGGACAUGGAAAAGCAGUAGAUUGGUGGAGUCUUGGUACUUUGAUGUAUGACAUGCUUACAGGAUCUCCUCCAUUUACAUCUGCUAAUAGGAAAAAAACAAUAGAAAAAAUUUUACGUGGCAAAUUAAAUCUUCCUCAAUAUUUAACACCUGAUGCCAGAGAUUUAAUUAGGAAGCUACUGAAGAGACAAGUCGCACAAAGGUUAGGCUCUGCGCCAUCGGAUGCAGAACAAAUAAAAAAUCAUCAAUUUUUUAAGCACAUAAAUUGGAACGACGUUAUAUCCCGAAAAUUAGAGCCCCCAUUUAGACCAAUAUUAGCAAGUGAAGAUGAUGUAUCUCAAUUUGACAAGAGAUUCACAACUUCCGCUCCUAUAGAUUCGCCUGCAGAAUAUACUUUGAGCGAAUCAGCCAAUAGAGUAUUUCAAGGAUUUACAUAUGUAGCACCGAGUAUACUAGAAGAUAUGUAUUCACAACCAAGAGUUAUAAAUGCUAGAAGUCCUCGCAAAGGCAAUACACGUGGUUUCUCACCAAGAAAUACACAUUUCCAUUUGCAUAAUUCGCAUUUGCAAAAUCAUAGGCAUAAUGGUGUAGGACAUAACAAUGUGGAAGACACAGAAAUGAUAGAAAUAGGCUAACUCUCACUUCUUAAAUAGUGAAAUAAUGCUUAGCAUUUUGGCCUAACUGCUGAAUAUCCGCGACCAAUCCUCAUGUCUCAGGGAGGGAUUUUAUAAACGUACAGAAAGAGAAUAACAUAGGAUGGUCUGAUCUUAACUGCUUCAGAGGAUAUUCAGCAGUUACGUUUAGCUAAUUUUUUUUUAAUCAAAUGUAACAAUUACGAAUUUAUUAACUAAUAUUACGUUCUAAAAGAAGCGAUGUGUGUGUAGCGGUUGCUGGUAUCACUGAAAAUAAUACUUACAUCUGAUCUAUAAUACAGGAAAAUAACUAAUCUGUUAACCGAGGAAGACGGGCAUCUCUCACUUCUCCGGUGAUACUAGAAUAAAUAAUUCUUUUUUGUUCAGCCACUCCUACUAAAAAAACAUUAUACGUCCAAUUAUUUAUUUUGCAAUUCAUUCGUUUCUAAAAAGAUUCCCCGUCUUCAUCCGUGUUAUUUUAUUUUUAAUCGAAAUAAACUUUGUACAUUCGCGUUUAUUGAUCGCAAAUCUCCUCGAUUAACAGGUUAAUCUUGAGUUGAUAUUUUGUUAGUAAAUAUAAUGCGAAUUUACAUUUUGUAUUUUGAUUUAUACAUUUUCUUUUUUGUGGCUUACGUUAGCAGUGUAUUUAUGUACACAUGUUCAGUUUAUUGGCAUGUAUGUAUAUGUGUACAUAGAUACGAUCGAGUAUUUAAUAUCCGCGAAGAUAUAAUCCUACUUUUGUAGAUAUUAUUUACGAAAGACAAAUGUAAGACAACGAAAAUCGUAAUGCUGCCAUCAACCGCUCUGUUGCUUUAAUCUCUUUUUCACGCUAACACUUGAUUAUUUAUAAAAUUAAUUUUAGCAGCACAUUGAUUAUUUAUAAAAUUAAUUUUAGCAGCAAUAAUGUUUCUAUGGGAGCAACGACGAGCAUAUUUUGCCUAAACAAUAGUUAAAGUUAGAAGCAUUUAUGCAAUGAAGCAAUGGAAUUGCAUUUUUACAAUUUAAAGUUCCUACAAAAAAUUGCAAUAUAUAUGAAUAUUUUGCUCACGUGACGUAAUAAUAUUCACUAAUAGAAACUUAUGAAAUAUAGUGAAAUAUCUUUAGCAAUUUUUUCAAAAUGCAAUUAAUUGUUCCAAAAAUAGCAAUUUAUUGUAUAAGCAUGCUGCCAUAGCAACCAUAUUACUGCACAAUUGAAAUAUCUAAAAAAAAUUAAGGAUUUUAUAUUUGUUCCUAUGUUUUACACUUAUUAUAGUGUUUUUUAAUUACAAAGGAACAUCAAUGGUACAAGUUACCUCAGACUUUUACUUUUCUUAUUUUUGUGUUAAUUAAUGCAAUAUUGACUAUAGACAUAUAUUCAUAGAUAAAUUAUAUAAUACAAAAUAUAAGCAAGAGUAACAAUUUGAUGCUCAGCAAAUUUCCAAACUACCCAAGUGUUCACAGGCCAUGAUAUCUGGCAAAUAUUACAUUUAACUACUUAUAAUAAUUCCAUGGUCGAGAUGCAAUAUUAAUCCAAUAACAGAACCUUUCUCUAUAUAAUUUGUGCUUCACAAUUAAUUCGACAUUAAUAUAUAUAUAUAUAUAUAUAUAUAUAUAUAUAUAUAUAUAAAUAUAUAUAUAUAUAUAUAUAUAUUUAAUGUUGCAUUUCGACUAUGUACGCAAGUAAGUGCGUAUAAUAUACACAUAAGAUUAUACUAUUCGCAGUUGUAUUGUAAUGUAAAAAUAUCUAUUCGAAAAAUAUUAUGAUAAUUUAUAAGCUAUUAUUGUAUGUAUCAAAGGACGUACACUUUCAAUGUUAAAUUAAGAAUGUGCCUACAGAGUUUUCAAGAUGCUACUAAAACUAGAACAAUGUGCCGAAUUUAGAAACUUAGACAGGAGACAUACCUGGAGCAUAUUACAAAGUGUCGUUAAAUAUUGUUAAAACAAAUCACUAUUAAAAUCAAAUAAAAUUAGAA